AUGGCGAUUGAGACUAGAGUACACAACUACUGGAACCACUUGAUCGAGAGUGCCAGCAGAAAGACUGGAAGCCUCAUUAUAUGGGAUACCGGAACUUAUAGUAUCUUACCCAGGAUUAAGAGAAAGAACGAGAUGCCAAGUCCACAGACUACGGAUGACGACGAAACAGAAGACGACGAAGCGGCAAAUGAGGGAAGCGAAGUUGCAGGGGGAGAGUGCCAGGAGAGCUCAAAGCUGGUAGCAGCUUUCAAGACUCGCGAGACGAAGAAGGGGACGAUCUCAGCGUAG